AUGAAAAUGAUGAUGGAAAAUGAUUACCGAUACUUUAAAAAUCAUGGCUUUGCAUAUAAAUUAGUAUUAUUAGACGAACUGUUUUCAAAAACUCUUAUCUACCUAUUGAUUUUAUAGUAAAGAUGCAAUUCGAUUUCCACAGAAUUAUUUACAAUAUUAUUAUGCUUUACUCAAACAAUAAUCACAAAUUCUCUUAAUUAUCAGCUUAUUAUUUGUCUUUACUCUUUAUUCAGUAUUUUUAAUUCAUUCUAUACAGAAUCGCUAUUUGCAUAUUUUUACAAAUAAAGCAAAAGUUCUAUCUAAGUUCAAUAGUGUUUGCACAAUCAAUUCUUCUAAGAUCGAAUGAGAUGUUCUUGAUUCUUUAUUUCUGAAUAUUCAUAUCUAGUCAAGAUCAUAAUUUUGCUAAAGAUAAGAAAUUCAAAUAAGUAGUCUCAACUAUUUACAAGCUCCUCCUAUUACGCUGGGUCUAUUUAGUCUGUAUUGGAAUUAUAUUAUUUUUGCCAUAUAAGAAUUACUGUUCAUAAAAUGAAAUGGAAUGAUGCAAAAGCAUAAUUGCAUAUGUAUAUGGAUAAGUACAGGUAAAAAGAGGUUAAUCAUUAGAAACAACUUGGAUGUGAGUUUCUCUAAUCAUACAAGAUUAGUAAUAUUAAGUUUACGCAUGUUCGAAAGUAAUUUUCUACAAUACAAUGAAUAAUAUUUAAGAAAUUUCAAUAAUAUUACAAACAAUCUAUUUGUUCAUAAUUAAGAUAUUUAUAGCAUAUAAAAAUAGCAGGAAGAGAUUCUUUAGCACACAGAUUCCAUUAUAUUGGUGCUUAGGCAAAUAAUUUCUAAUAAAAGGAUGGUAAAAUAAAGAAAUAGGUUGUAUUUUAUAUAUUAGAAUUCAAUUUGA